UGUGGAUCUAAUCCACUUGCAUUCUCAGAAUCUCAAAGUUUUCCUGGGAAGGAUGGCUUCAGCUCUUGUUUUCUAUCCUCAAAACACUUUCUUCAACAAACCCUCUUGUAUUUCUUUCAGCAAGCAGCUCAAGUUGUGGUGCCCCGUUUACUCUCUUAUAGAUGGUUCCUUAGCUUUUGCAUCACAUAAUGGUGUGCUUCAAUUUAGUGUUUCAAGCAUAAAGUCUGAUGGAAGUAGCAAAGGCAGACCUCCCCGGAAAAGUUCUGCACCAGGAAGAACAGAAAAGGAGGAUGAGGAUUCAAAGUCCCAAUCUUCUGACAGAAAACAACCUAUGUCAUCUAACCAGGCGGAGAUAAUGGCCUUGUUCAGACGGAUACAGUCUUCAAUCUCAAAGGGAGAGUCUACAGCCACCAAGAAGAAAAAAGCUAGCAGGUCCAAUGAGAAUUCCCCAACCAAUUCCAUUUUGGAAGUUCUUCGCCAUUCAACGAAGCACGCAAAAGGCCCAAGUACAGUCAGGGAAGGGAAUAAGGUCCUGACACAAAAACGAAGUGUGUCCAAGGACCAGAAGACGCAAGCAGAACAUGCCUUGGAAGAUGUUAAGUUAACCAGACCACCGUCUAAUUUCACAAAGAAGUCCCCAAUACCAUCUCCAUCAACCUCAAGAGAGAACACUACUGAGCUGAAUAGUGAAGCAUCAGAGGGCAAAGCCAGCAACCACAAGUUAGAGCUGCCUAGAGUAGAGAAAAUGAAACUGACUGAACUGAAGGAACUAGCAAAGUCCAGGGGAAUCAAAGGUUACUCAAAGUUGAAGAAGGGUGAGCUUCUGGAGUUGCUGAGGUCCUGAAAAAUGGAAAGUUCUUGAGCCAGAAGACGAGCAAACUAGCUGCUGGAAACCAAUAAACACGGCAGAAUGAAACUUAAAUUCCAAGAACUGACUGUUUUCUAAAUGCAGUUCCUAUGUUAUUUUAGCCACAGAUAUUUUAGUUUUGUUUUAUGUUUUCUCUACUAAAUGUUGUUUUUAGAUUACAUAUGAUAGUGGAUGUUUUUCAAUUCAAAAUAAUAUUUUUUUUAUUUUUUUUAAA